CUGUCCGUUUCUCUCACUGUCCAAACCCUCGUUUAUAUCACCGAUCCAAUCAAUCGCCUCAACUACCUCACCGAACACAUAUCCAAUGGCUCCGAUCGCUGUCGGCGACGUGUUACCGGACGGUACUCUCUCCUACUUCGACGCCGAUGAUAAGCUCCAGCAGGUGUCCGUACAUUCCCUGGCUGCCGGUAAAAAGGUUAUCAUCUUUGGCGUUCCCGGUGCCUUUACCCCUACUUGCAGCUUGAAGCAUGUUCCUGGAUUCAUCGAGAAAGCGGGGGAGCUUAAAUCCAAGGGCGUUGAUGAAAUUAUUUGCAUUAGCGUGAAUGACCCCUUUGUGAUGAAGGCAUGGGCCAAAACUUACCCUGAGAACAAAGAUGUCAAGUUUCUAGCUGAUGGUUCAGCAACAUACACCCAUGCCCUUGGUCUUGAGCUCAACCUUGGCGAUAAAGGUCUCGGCACUCGUUCUAGGAGGUUCGCACUCUUGGUCGAUGACCUCAAGGUGAAGGCGGCAAAUGUCGAAUCUGGAGGGGAGUUUACCGUGUCAAGCGCUGAUGAUAUCCUUAAAGCUCUUUAGGUUUGCUUUGUGCCUAAUAAGGUCUAUGUUUUCUUGGCCUUGGCUAUUAAUGUAGAUUGCUUUAUUUAGCACACCUUUUAUGGUAUUGUUAAUAAUAAAAUACGUCUCUUGGAGCAUGUAAGAUCGAACGUGUUUAAGAGCGAAUAUGUUUCCGUUUUGUAUCAAAGAACCAUGUUCCGUUUUGUGUCAAAGAGCCAAUUACUUCUCUCUUA